GUUACUGUCACAGUCUCACUCAUUCACCCCUUUUCUCCCUUCCUUCUAAAUUCUAAUUCUAAACGGCGUAACUACUCUUUCAAGUUUCAACUUUCAACUAUGGACCCUCCGGAAGAAACUGCCACUACCACCCUCGAUCACGAAGGAGCUUCCACUGGAGCAGAUGCUGCCGCUGACACUGGGAGCGGCGACGAGGGACCGACGGAGAUAGCCGAAGCUGGUGGAAGUGGCGGCGGUGGAAGUAACAGAGACAGGGUGAAGGGGCCUUGGUCGCCAGAAGAGGACACCAUUUUAAGCCGUCUGGUGAGCAAGUUUGGUGCCAGAAACUGGAGCCUCAUCGCACGUGGGAUCGCCGGGAGAUCGGGCAAGUCCUGCCGCCUAAGGUGGUGCAACCAGCUCGACCCCGCCGUUAAGCGCAAACCCUUUACCGAUGAGGAGGACCGUAUCAUAGUUGCUGCUCAUGCAAUUCAUGGGAACAAAUGGGCAGCCAUAGCCAGACUUCUUCCAGGAAGAACAGACAAUGCCAUUAAAAACCACUGGAAUUCCACUUUGAGGCGUCGAGGAGUUGAGCAUGAUAAGAUUAAGGUAGAAUCGAGUAACAUGGUGGAAGAUGUUAGCCUUGACAAAGCCAAAGCAUCAUCAGAAGAAACACUUUCAUGUGAUGUUAAUUCAUUGAGAUCCUCUGAAGGAAGAGAUGUUAGUUCUGCAGAGGCUAUGGAUGAUAAAUACGAAGAAAAAUCACGGACGGAGGGUCAAUUGUACCAUGAAGUCAAGGAUCCUCCUACCCUUUUUCGGCCAAAGGCACGAAUUAGUGCUUUUAGCGUAUAUCACACUGUUGAUGGUUUCCAACCUUCAACAUCAACUCAAAGACAGGUUCAAGGACCCAUCUUACAAUCAUCAAAACCAGAUAGAGAAAUUUGCAAGAUGCUUGAAGGAAUUUACAGUGACCAAUCAGUGCCUCACCAGUGUGGCCACGGUUGUUGUGGUGCUCCAAAUGGUAAAAAAUUCAAAAGCUCUUUGUUGGGUCCAGAAUUCAUCGAAUUCUCCGAACCUCAAUCUUUCCCAAGUUUUGAGUUGGCUGCAAUAGCUACAGACAUCAGCAACCUUGCUUGGCUUAAAAGCGGAUUGGAGAAUAGCAGUGUUAAAAUGAUGGGAGAAACAACCAGCAGAGUAGUUUCUAAUGGCUCUCAAGUGCAUAUUGGUCAUUAGAAUGAUAAUUAUCAAUUAGAAUGAUAAUUAUUGAUAUUAACCGGACGGUUUUGCUGACUUUACUCCCUCAACUUCAACUAAAUUCAAAGGCUGUAGUGAGUAGUGACAUGUUAAUUGUUGUAAUAACGAGUUUUCAUUAGUUAAGUAGUAGUGGCUUUGUUGACUAAUUAGGACUUUAUAUCCCUGUUGUAAAAGUUGUGUUUGCUAACA